UUUAAAAAUUGAUAUAGUUACCUUAUUUUUAUAUAUAGUGACCUUGGUGUAAAUGUCAUCAAAAAUAAUAUAACUUGACAUAAUUACCUUAUUUUUGUAUAUAGUGACAUCUGGGUUGUUUCACACCAUUGGAUUAUCUAGUGAAUAUUCAAUGGCUAAGAUUGCUUGUUUUUAGUUUUCACCAUAAGCUCUGUUUUUAGCGGAACCUCCCCGUAUAUAUAUAUAUAUAAUUUUUUUUUUUGUUUUUGUGGAAGGAGUUAGGUUAUUAAAUUAAUUUGACUUGGUUGAAGCAAUAAGUUAAUUCAAUUACAUGGCAUCAAUAAUGUAAUGUCCACAAACUAUAUUCCGUACUUAAUUAAAGAACAGAAGCUUACACCUAAUGUUUUGCAUUAUCUAUUAAAGUAAUGAUAUUGUUGCUAUUAAAAUUAGAUUCAGUACCCAAAAUACUAGCAAUUCUUAGAAUUUUGAAGUUGAAAGCGUCCAUCUUUAAAUGGAAUGCAGAGGUUGCUGUAAUUGGUUGAAAAAUCAUGAAUCAUUAUGUAGUGUACUUUUCACCCUUUUUUUGGGUCAAAUUAUUUCCUUCACUUUGGCAACUACCAGCUUUGCUGCUUCUUAUUUAGCGACUCGUGGUGUUGAUGCCCCAGUGACACAGUCAUUCUUUACUUACUUAGGUUUGACUUCAAUUUAUGGAAGUAUCAUGCUCUUUAGGCGUAAGAAAUUACUGGUUCCUUGGUAUUAUUAUGCCCUCUUAGCAUUUGUUGAUGUUCAAGGGAAUUUCCUUUGUAUUAAGGCAUUCCAGUAUACUUCCAUCACAAGUGUGACACUAUUUGACUGCUGGACUAUAGUUUGGGUGAUGAUUUUGACAUGGGUCUUCCUAGGCACAAGAUACAAUGUAUGGCAGUACAUUGGAGCUGCAACAUGUGUAGUUGGCCUUUGCUUCGCCCUUCUCUCUGAUGCUAGGAUUGGUGGUGGAGGUGGAUCUAGACCUCUUUUUGGUGAUUUUCUAGUAACAGUUGCAACUCUGUUUUAUGCAUUGAGUAAUGUUGGUGAGGAGUUCUGUGUCAAACAGAAAGACAUCGUUGAAGUAAUUUCAAUGCUUGGUGUCUUUGGAAUGCUGGUGAGCAUUUGUCAGAUUACGCUAUUUGAAAGGCACAAUUUGGAAGCAAUUGAGUGGUCUACAGAUAUUAUACUAGUAUUUGCUGGAUUUGCAGUAGGAACUUGUUUGUUCUACAGCCUUCUUCCUUUAAUUUUAAAGCUAAGUGGUGCUACAUUGUUCAAUCUAUCUAUACUUACAUCUGAUAUGUGGGCAGUUAUCAUCCGCAUACUAUUUUAUCACGAGGAGGUUAAUUGGUUAUAUUAUGUUUCUUUCGCAAUCGUGGUUAUGGGACUAGUCAUCUAUUGCAAAACUGAGAACAAAUCCGAACCAAUCAAAAUUGAUGUGGAUGGGCAUUCGAGUAUACAAUAUGAAGUUCUUGGUGAAGAAAGCUUAGAGUCAAGAGACGGUUCAUUUAGACCAUGAGAGGUGGAAAAUGAAUUUAAAGGACCUUAACCAUGUUGUAGUCAUAUAGUAAACCCUACUGAAAAGAGGAUGAAGAAGUUGGGAAAUUGCACAUAACUUCUUGUCCAUGUUCAUUACAUAUGUUGUGACUAUAAACUUAUUUUCUUUCUUAAAAAUAAGAAGAAAAAAUAAAUCUUUACUUUGUAACCUAGUGACUUGUCAAAUUUGAAUAUUAAACAUCUAUUCAUUAUGUUAUGUGAUUGGAGUUAGUACUUAUGCGUUGCACGAUUUUAAACAUGAGCGAUUUAAAUUUUGAUAUAGCUAAAGACUUAGCUUGAAGGUUAAUAGAAAAAAUAUAUAUACUUUGUACAUAUAUU